GUCAGACUUGCCAACGUUGUUUUUGACAGUUCGUUGGGCUUCAACUGAGUUUAAGUUGCGACACAGAUUCGUAUUUUGGGAUAUAUGUAUACUUUAACUGCCCAUUAGUAGCAAGUCCUUCGGCGUUUAAGCGCACCAAAAAAGGAAAAAAAAAAAACUUUUUGGAACUUCCGAGCAGGUGUCUCGCGAACCGCUCUGCCCUGUUCUGUCACAGACUGCCCGAGGGGCCGAGCACGGGGACGGGAGAGCGCGCGCGCGCACUUGUCGAGAAGCGACUCGCAUACUUGUUGCAGACGUCGAAACAGGUCCGCGAUAGUAUUUCCGUGAAGGCGCAGAAGAAUCUACAUUAAUGAGUGUCUAUAACCUGGACUCGGAGUGCGUCUCGCCACCAUGCAACAUGACCUGGGCGAUGGAGCCUGCCAACUUUUAUGACAGCAAACUGAGCACGUUGCAGGGCUCCUGCAAGCCCGGGCGCUGCGCGCCCGCGGGGGAGGACGGCAAUCUGGCGGAGCUCAGCAACGCCCCCGCCAUGUACGAGGACGAGAGCGCCAUCGACUUCACCUCCUACAUCGACUCCAUGUCGUCCGUCCCCAACCUGGAGCUGUGCAACGACGAGUUCUUCGACGACCUUUUCAACAACAGCGUGAAGCAGGAGAAGGUGGACAUGGGCAGCCUGCCGGACAGUGCACGCAUCUCGGCCGGCGCGAGCGCCGUGGGCGAGGGCGCGCACAAAGAGCUUCCGAGGAAGCCGGAGGACAGCUUCGGCAGGGCCGUGUUCGGCGCGCCGAUCAAGCAGGAGUCCGACUGGAGCGACAGCGACGUCUCCUCGUCCCUGCCUUCGCAGAUCGAGACUUGCGCGCAGACCACGGUCACCAUCCACACGGGUCAGCCCACGCCGCCGGCCACGCCGGAGCCGUCCACCGGGCACCCGGGCGUCCCCAGGAAGGGCGCCAAGGAGAAGGGCAAAAAGACUGUGGACCGCCACAGCCCCGAGUACCGGCAGCGGCGGGAGAGGAAUAACAUCGCGGUGAGGAAGAGCCGAGACAAAGCGAAGCAGCGCAAUCUGGAGAUGCAGCAGAAGAUGAUCGAACUGAGCGCGGAGAACGAGCGGCUGCACAAGACCAUCGAGCAGCUUACGCGCGAGCUCACGAGCCUGAGGAACUUCUUCAAACACGUGCCGCCGAGCGCCGCGGGGGUCGAGUGCCGGUGACGGGCGGACCUGCGGACGCUCUCGGACUUCUUCUAUAUACCUCAUCUCAGCGUCGUGCGGCAGACGCGCUGCACAGGAGCGGACAGUGCUCAGUUUGUGCCGGCACUGAGGACGUGUACCGAUCCAUCUCUCCGAUGUCAGUACUGAUGCUUAGUGGCAUAGCCGCCAUAAAUCACUCUCUCGGGCAAAGUUUUCUAUAUUAAAUUAUUUUACGAGUUCAGUUAAAAAUGUAGUCAUUCUAGUUACGGUACUUAUUUUACAAUUACAAUACUUUGUAUUUUUGUCAGGAAAAACUGAGCAUGUUUUUUUAUAAGUAUAAUGUGUAUAUAAUGUUGAAGUUUUGUAAAAAUCUAUAAUAAAAGUACUGGAAAGAGGC